AUGAGGAAACCGGAGUGCCCAGCGACGAACAACGUCAAUGCCGGGGCGACGGCCGCGAAGCUGCGCAAGGGGCUGUGGUCGCCGGAGGAGGACGAGAGGCUGGUGGCGUACAUGCUGCGGAGUGGGCAGGGUUCUUGGAGCGACGUGGCCCGGAACGCCGGGCUGCAGCGGUGCGGCAAGAGCUGCCGCCUCCGGUGGAUCAACUACCUCCGGCCGGACCUCAAGCGCGGCGCCUUCUCGCCGCAGGAGGAGGAGCUCAUCGUCAGCCUCCACACCAUCCUAGGAAACAGGUGGUCUCAGAUCGCUGCCCGGCUGCCGGGGCGCACCGACAACGAGAUCAAGAACUUCUGGAACUCCACCAUCAAGAAGCGGCUCAAGAACAGCUCGGCAGCUUCGUCGCCGGCGGCUACCGACUGCGCGUCCCCGGAGCCCAAUAACAAGGUCGCCGCCGGUAGCUGCCCCGACCUCGCCGGCCUAGAUCAUCAGGACGGUGGCCACCACCACCACGCAAUGACGACGACGACAGGUCUGUGGAUGGUGGACUCGUCCUCCUCUUGUACCUCGUCGAUGCAUCAGAGGCAGCAGCCACCGCCGACGGUGACCAUGGCAGCUGCGGCGGCGGCCAGCAGGAGCUAUGGAGGCCUCGUCCCCUUCCCUGACCAGCUCCGUGGUGUUAUGACCGAUGCGUCACCGGGAGGGUUCUUUCAUGGCCACGCGGCGCCGGCGUUCAAGCACCAAAUUGCCGCAUUGCACGGUGGUUAUUACUAUGGCAGCAGCACUUCUCCUCGUCACCAUGGGAUGAUGGCAAUGGAAGGAGGAGGAUGCUUCAUGCGUGGAGAAGGCAUGUUUGGUGUAGUGCCCCCUCUGCUAGAGCCCAUGUCAGCAGCAGCACAAGAGCAAGAACAAGGCCAGGCCCUGAUGGUAUCAAGUGGUAAUAACAACCCUAAAAACAACAGCAGCAACAACACUACUAAGACUACUACCACGACACUGAGUAACAAUGAGAGCAACAUCACAGACAACAACAACACCAAGGACAACAUCAACACCAUCAGCCAAGUGAACACCGGCAGCAAUGUGGCUGCAGUCUUCUGGGAGGGGGCCCACCAGCAGUACAUGAGCAGGAAUGUCAUGCAUGGGGAGUGGGACCUGGAGGAGCUGAUGAAAGAUGUGUCAUCCUUGCCUUUCCUUGAUUUCCAAGUUGAAUGA